UAGAAACUGUGCGUGGUCAAAGUGCCCACAGCGGCCUGAAAUCCAGCAGCGCCAUGCAGUCUCCGGUCAGCGAUUCUCCUGUCAGACCGGGUUUCCACAGGGUGGAGGUCCAGAAAACCACCUGGGUUGUACCGGACAGAUACACGACGCUGUGGGCGAUCGGCUCCGGAGCUUACGGGACAGUGUGCUCUGCCAUCGACCAGAAGACCAAAGAGAAGGUGGCAAUCAAGAAGCUGUAUCGGCCUUUCCAGUCCCUCAUCCAUGCAAAGCGGGCCUACAGGGAGCUCAGGCUGCUCCGCCACAUUCAGCAUGACAAUGUGAUCUGCCUUCUUAACGUCUUUACACCCGACUCCACACUGGAGAAAUUCCAAACCUUUUAUAUGGUGAUGCCCUUUGUAGCCCAAGAUCUGGGCCACAUUAUAAAGAGGAAGAGGUUAUCAGACCGUAUUAUCACAUAUCUGUUUUACCAACUCCUGAGAGGCUUGAAGUACAUCCACUCUGCUGGGAUCAUACAUCGGGACCUGAAGCCGGGCAAUCUCGCUGUGAGUGAGAACUGUGAAUUAAAGAUUCUGGAUUUUGGUCUGGCGAGACAAACCGAGAGUGAAAUGACGGGUUAUGUUGUCACCCGCUGGUACAGAGCACCUGAGGUCAUUUUCAACUGGAUGCACUACAGUCAAACAGUGGACGUUUGGUCAGCCGCCUGCAUCCUGGCUGAAAUGAUUACCGGCUCGGUGGUUUUCCCAGGACACGACAGUAUCGAUCAGCUGAGGAAGAUCCUCCAUCUGACAGGAACACCAGACACCUCCCUGGUGCAGAAGAUGCAGAGUAAAGAUGCACAGUCAUUUGUGAAAGGUCUCCCUCCACAGAAGAAGGGGAAUUUUAAAGAAGUGUUUCCAGCAAUGAGCGAAAAGGCUGUAAGUCUUCUGGAGGGGAUGUUGCUGCUGGAUCCAGAGAAGAGGCUCACUGCCAAGCAAGGACUGGCCCACCCGUUUCUGGCUGAAUACCACGACCCAGACUCAGAGCCAGACUCAGAACCUUAUGACGACUCCUUUGAGAGCCUUGACCUCGACGUCGGAGAAUGGAAGAGUCUUAUCCACAUGGAAAUCAUGACCUUUGACCCCAAUAACCCAAGCAAGACAGCUGUUUAGGACUGUCGGUGUGGCUGUCUGUGUGAGGUGGAAAGAUCAAGAGCAAUGAAAAAAGACAGCAACAUGAAUUGCUUUAACAGUAUUUUUCUGUAACUUGUAUGUUUUUCAUUUGAUAUAAUAUUAAGUAAAUGGCAACUUUUCUGGAUAUGGCUGCAUUUUAUUAUCAAGUUCAUUAAAUUUUCAGUUGAAACCAGAUAUUUACCUACAGUGUAUAAAGACACAUAACCUGUUUUCCUUCAUUGUCUAACAUUAAAUCAGACUAAACAUUU